AUGGCCAGUGUUUGGAUGGGCGAUGCUGCGAGUGACUCUGACCAGAUGGAGGAAGAGUGGGACGAGUCCACGGCCACCGUCAUUGUAGAACCCCCAAAGAGCAGUACCGCUGCACCUCCAAAGAGCAGUGACGCUGCACCUCCAAAGAGUACGACUGCUGCAUCUGGCCCAAGUCAUGUGGCAUCAGCUUCAAGUGCGCCGGAGGAUGAAGGACAGCAGAACUCGAAGUCCCCUACAUGCUGGAUCAAGGCUGCAGCUGCUAGAUCUGCUGGCAAAGCCAAAGCAAAGGCAGAAACUCUGGCGAAGCCCAAGGGUGUUGCCCACCGCAUCCUGAGCAAACAGGCUCGCGACUCGGUGUCAAAGCCACGGUCGGCAGACAAGACGAAGCGGGCGGCGCGGGGUUCGGCGCAGACCUUUGCAGGACGCAGGCCCCCUAAAGAUCCACAAUUGUGCGAAGCUUUCCACACCAUCAGGCAGGGCUUCUACGACGAAAAGAGCAAGCGCAAGGCGGAGAAGCGCACCAUGAGUGUGGGCCAGGAGCUCUUUCUCCUGAAGAUGAAGGACUUCAUGGAGAAGGACAAGUCUACGGAUUCAACACAGGUGAAGUUUCAGAAAGCCAUUGCUGCGUGGAGGGCAGAGGGUACUUUGUGA